AUGGAAAAGCAAGAAAGAUUUGUUGAAAAGGUCAUUCCUCUAGCACAAGAAAAUUUUCCAGGAUAUCUUGAAAACUCUUUUCUAUUGAAAAAAGAUAUAAUUGAAAAAAUUUCAUUAUAUAUACUCUGUGAAAAUCCAGAAAUUUGUUUUUAUGUUGUUAAGAUUUUAUCUAGUUUAUCCAGAUCUGCUUUAUUUAAUUCCAAAGAAAGAUUCAGUUUCAGAUCAGAAAGGGUUAAUAGAUUGAUGGGUGUACUUGAUUCCAGUCCUGAAUCUGAUAGAAUUCUUGCAGGGUUUGUUAUGAGAUUAGAUAUUAAUAUAGAGGAAAUUUGUGAAGAAAUAAGCCUAGAUUUUCAAGAAUUAGAAUUAACGCAUCUUUGCCUUAAAAAUUGGACAAAAAGUAACGAAGAAGGGUACAAUGCACCAGCAUUUUUAUUGAAUGAAAGAGGAAUAACAUUUGCAACAGUGUCUUUUGCGGUACUUGAUUUAAUAUUAGAAAACCUGAUUCCUGGUAAAACACCAGCAACAAUAUCCCAUUUUCUUUUAGGAUAUGAUUUUAGCAAUACAUUAACUCGCACAUCCAUCAAAUAUCUGAACCAAUAUGACCUGAGAGAAUCAUGUUUACAUAAGGUAUUGGAAAUUCUUGGUCAUAAAAUCAAUGAAGACUAUAAAUAUGACAUCAUCAAAUCCUCAUUUUCCAACUAUCCUGCAAUAACUUCACGUUGCUAUCAAAUCUUAUAUAGACUAUGUGCAGACAGUUCUACUUCUGAAGCAACACUAUUGUUUUUACGAAAUCAAGGUUUUAUUCAUAAACAAUUGGAAGCAAUGCCAACAAACAUUUUCCCAUCAGAAAAAUCCCAUGAAUUUGAACCUUGCUUGUUGACACGGUAUGACAAAUAUUCAUUUGAAAUUGACCUAGCUACCCUUUGUGCCAAUUUGGAUGAGCGAACCUGGUUUAUGAAAAUCAUUGCAUUAGAAUUACAUAAAUCUCAAACUCAAUCAAAUAUAGACAAUUUGUUGGCACUAGUAUUUGGUGAUAAGGCAAUUAAAUCUCAGUCAGAAGACGCAAUAGAUGAAGAAAUUUUUGCUUCAUCCCCAAUGAAAAUUAUUGAGAUUCUCUAUAUGUUAGAAUUUGAAUGGGAUGAUCAUUGGAAAAUGAAUAAUCCUACGCAAAAAUAUUUUGAUAAGAAAAACAUUGAUAUUUGGAUGAAUAAUUAUAAAAAUGAAAUAGUUUUAUAUCAAUUAAAAGAUAUUUAUUCAGAAUUAAAUCAAAUUUAUAAUCAUAUUCAAAAAAGAGGUUUAGGGAUUAUGCAAGAUGAUGCAAAUCUAAAAAUAGAAAUGAAACAAAUUUUAAAAUAUUGUUACUUUUAUAAUCGACAACAAGAAUUAAAUCAAGCCAGAUAUUAUUGUUUUAAAGCUUGGAGAGAAAUACUUGAAAUAGCUGUUGUAAAUCAUUACAAUAGAAUACAUUAUAAUAUUCGUGAAACAGUCUUUCAUGAUAUUCUAUUGGCACUGUUGUCAAUCUUGAAACAAGAAUCUGAUGCAAUUGGCAUGGUCUUGAGUAAAGUUGUUCUUAUAAUAAUCACUGCUUUACGCCUGGAUCAUAAUUGUUUAUCUUUAAUAAAAAAUUUUAAGACUAAAAAUAAUGCUCAAAUCAGAGUUCAUUCUGAAAGACUUUAUAGUAUAUUCAACCUUAUAAUUGACUGCCUUAUUGGACCAUCAUUCUCCUCAGAUAUUCGAAAUAAUUUAUAUUCUUCUAUGUAUAAUUACUUGCAUUAUAUUGAUUAUGAACCUGAAGACAUGUACAGACAAUAUUUGAUUUCACAAACAAAAUCUAUCAGAAGUACUAGAUCAAUUAUUGAUUCAAGAAAUCUUUCUGUUUAUAGAAAUAUUGGAGAUAAUUUACUAGAUAAAAUAAUUUUAACAGCGAUUUGUGGUUUAAUAAAGCAAGAUAAAUCAAAUUAUAUAAUUGAUAAUUUAAUAAAAACUCAUUUUGUGCAAAAUAUUGUUAAAAGUUUAUCAGUUCAAAAUGAAUUACUAAAACAAUCUUAUGGAGUUAGACCUGACCUAAAUGCUAUACAUGCAAGAUAUGUGUUCACAUCCAGAAUGAAUUUUUUACUUCGUUUAGCUCAACAAUGUGAUUGUGCAAUUAAGCUUAUAGACUAUGGAGUUAUUGACUAUUUGGAUCAAUUAUUAUUUUUAGAUGACAGGCCAAAAUUUACUUUAUCAAUAGCUGAUAUUCAAGAAAAGUCAUUAUAUAAAGAUUAUCAUGAACUUUUAAUGAGCGUGCUUCGAUUUAUCAGUUUUAUUCUUACAAAUAUUGGACAUGAAAAUAGAAUAGUAUUGAAUAAAAUAUCUGAUUUUAUAAAAAGGCACCAAGGAACAUUUUCUGAUAUUUUCAAUGAUACUCCAAGUAUGGAACAAUUAACUGCAAAGGAUGCAACUAAAUAUACAAUAUCAAUAAUGUGUAUAGAAGAAUUACAAGAAUUAACUCGAAUAUUUUAUUUCUUGGGUUUCAGAAUUGAAAAUAUUGAUUUGCAUCGUAAAGAUACUCAUCAGAAAACUUUUCAAGAUUUCCUAAAAGAAUUGAUGUCACGAUAUUUUUUGAUCAGGAAACAUAUAAUAACAGUUCAAGAUUUCGAUGAAUCAAAUCUUCAAUAUAUUAAAGAACAAAUUGAGUAUAUCAAUAGAAAUCUUUUGUCAUGGUGUCAAGUAUUGUCAAAAUUUACACCAAUAUUUACACCCUCUCUUGAUUUUGCAAGAAGACCAGAUGAUAAUUAUCAAGGAAAUUUUGAAUUAUCAAUUAUUGUAAACUAUUUGAGGACCUCAAUAGAUUAUUUAUUAAUAAAUUUAAAAAAUUAUGGCAAAUUAUCAUCUCAGCUUGAGAAAGGUGCAAAUGAACUGUCAAAUAACACAGAUGAGUUGGAUGAAUCUCAUCAAAGAUCUUUGGCAAUUAGAGGAUUACAGGAUCAAGUUUGCAAAUAUCUAAAAAAUACCAUACAUUAUUUUUAUGAUGUUGAAGUUUGUUUAAUAUUAUUGUGGAGGCAUUUCAAUUGUUUCAUUGUCACUGCUAAAAUAACAUCAAUUAAAACUACUGCAGGAAUUGUUAUGAUAGAUAUUUUUGAAAAAUUAAAGGCUUUGGAUGAUAAUGAGGAUGUAGAGAAAAAAUUUAAAUCUAAAAAUGAAUUUAUACAAAUGUCUGUACGAAGAUUAAAAUCACUUAUAAAAUGCUAA